ACCGACCGUAAACUGGAGAAGGCGGAAACAAAAGAGGUUUUAUAAAAACACAAACACAUCCCCGGGUGUCGAAGUACUCAGGGAAUAAACUACAGCCAUUUGGUUCGCCAACAAUAAUAUUGGAAUUUAAAUAAAGAGCGAGUCGACGAGAGUUGAGGAGCAAACUGCAUCUACAUGGCACUGAAAAGAAUACAGAAGGAGCUGCAUGACCUGCAGAGAGACCCACCAGCACAGUGCUCUGCUGGCCCUGUGGGGGAAGACUUGUUUCAUUGGCAAGCAACCAUAAUGGGUCCGGGUGACAGUCCUUACCAAGGAGGAGUUUUCUUUCUCACAAUCCACUUCCCCACCGACUACCCGUUUAAGCCACCGAAGGUAGCAUUCACAACUAAGAUUUAUCACCCGAAUAUAAACAGCAAUGGGAGUAUCUGUUUAGACAUUCUACGGUCACAGUGGUCUCCAGCACUAACGGUGUCUAAAGUUUUAUUGUCCAUAUGUUCAUUGCUUUGUGAUCCGAACCCAGACGACCCCUUAGUUCCAGACAUAGCACACAUGUACAAGAACGACAAAGACAAAUACAACAAAUUAGCAAAAGAUUGGACCCAAAAGUAUGCCAUGUGAAGAAA